AGCAUUUCACGCCAGUUAGCAGUGCGGUCGGCUUGCCCACAAAUUACACAAUAGCCAAUUUUUUUCAUUAACAACGUCUUUGUCACCUAUAACCUCGUCUGAUAAGCAAUUUGUUACAUGGCUACAAGAAAGGUAGGCGAACACACUCACGGACCUUUGUCUCUAGACUAGAUAUAAAUAUUGGGCAACGGGCUUAUCAAAUUAUAACAGUACGAGUAGCAGUACGAUACACAUCUCAACAUGGCGAGCUCAGCUCUGUACGUCCUGAUGGCAGCGAGCGCGGUGGCGGCCGUGCAGGUGGGGUUCGCCCCCGCCGCUACCAGCUACAUCUACCGCAGCGACAACAACGGCCCUGCGAGCUACAUCCAGCUCGGGGCUCCCGCGCCCUACCACGCACAACACGACGCCUUCGCCGCACCCCUGCCGCUUGCGCAACCCAAACUGGCCCUUGAGGCAUACGAUCUCGCGCCCCUGCCUCUUCCUUACGUGGCUGCCAAACCCAUAGUCGUUGAGGACGCCGAAGAUGAUGACGAUGAUGACGACAGCGAGGAAUCCGACGAGUACAUCGAUGGAGGACACGAGGGAGGACAUGACGGACAUGGUUUCGGUAAGGGCGGCGGUAGCGAUUACGGUGAAGAACAUCACGCCGCUCAUGGUGAAAAGGGCAGCAAGGGCUUCAAAUCUGAAGGACAUCACGCUAAGGGUGAAUCUGGACACUACGGCAAGGAGCACCAUGAAGGACACCACAAGGAGGCUAAAGGUGGAGAGAAGAAGCACCACGACGAGGCUUCAGCCCACGGCAAGCACUACGAAGGAGGCGAGAGCUACAAGGGUGGUGACCAUGGACACAAGAAGCACUUCAGCAAGGGCGAGGAGGUCACCGGCUACCACAAGGUGUUCAACAAGGACGAGUUCAAGAAGGACCAUGACUUCUACGACGUAGCUGACAACAGCGGACACUUCAACAAGCAUGGCUCCCAAAAGGGUCAUCACGGUUCCGAGAAGGGAGCUCACAAGGAGGGUGGACACCACGACUCUGCUUUCGACAAGGGUGGUUUCGGAAAGGCUGGAUUCCACGCUAAGGGACAUGUUGAUGAUGCUGACGCUGGUCAUUCUGCUGAGUCAGGUCACGAGAGCCACGGUCACCAUGAAGAGGACUACGGCAAGAAGGGAGGCAGUGCUCACGGCAAGGAGUAUGGCUACGCCGACGCCGAUGGUGACGACUACGACGAGGACGACAGUCACUACGAUGAUAAGGACUAAGUUUAACCGCUUACUGCGGCAACUGUAAAUAUCUGUUAACUAUUUAAUUUUCUCGAUAAUUUUGUUAUGUUUGAUAUGCUCGAUGAUGACGAUGUAAAUAUUUUUUUAUCGCAAACGAUUAAAUAAUUUAUUAAAAUGA